GCAAACAUCGGAAAAUGGAAGAAAUAUUGUACCUAACUAAAUAUUUAGGCUUUUGUUAGCCUGGUAAUGUUAUGUGAUGAUCUGGAGCAUAUUUUAUGUGUACAGUUUCGUAGCAUUGGUGAAUGCAAGCAUUUUGUGGCUUUAGUUAGAAGUUUAUGGACGAACAAGUGUUAAACAAGGUUAUUUUAUGUGGUCGACAAACCAAACUCCGUUUUUAUGUAAGACUUGUUUUGGGUGUAUCUCGGAAACGUCGAGCAGUACUCGAUGAUGAUACUACUAGAGAUGUUCUCUAAUGGCAGUCUUCUGGCUUUAAAGGAGUUGAACGAGUACAGUUGUGUAGCACAGCUAAAGUAUUAAGUGCGACAGCAAAUACCUGAACAAGAAAGGUAUAUUCAGCAAAGUGAUUAGAAGUCUAAAAAUAUGAGCCACAGUAAAAAAAAGAAGCGAAGCCAAAGCAAGAAAAAGAGGAGCAGGAGGAGAGAUAGGAGUGCAAGCAGAAGCAGCAGUGGCAGUGGUACCUCGUCAAGUGGACAAAGUUCAGCUGCUAGUAGCCGCAGCCCAAGCAGGACAUGGCGGCACAGUAGUCGCAGUGUAACUCGAUCACACCGGAGAGGCAGUCGCAGUAGAAGUCGUGUUGGUCGGCGAAGUAGUAGGAGCUUGAGUCGCAUUCGGCGUCAAAUUAGUCGUAGUUUGAGUCGAAUACGUAGAAGAGUAAGCAGGACACGCAGCCGUAGUCGGCCAAAACUUCGUGGACGGCGCAGUAGUAGAAGUCUGAGUCGUAUUCGCAGGGAAGUUAGUCGGAGUUUGAGUAGAAUACGGAGGCAGAGACGCAGUCCCAGUCGUAGCCUCCGCCGCUGGAGAACCCCAACCCGCAGCCUAAGUCGCCUCAGGUGGUUGCGCAGGGCACGAACUCCAAGCCGUAGUCGCAGCCGUCGGCGUCGUAGGAGGAGCAGUGUAAGUCGUAGCCCAAGCAGGCUACGGAGACGCCGAAGCCCAAGCAUUCGGAGGCGAAGACGAACUGUAAGUCGUAGUGUAAGUAGGCUAAGGAAGAGUAUCAGCCGAAGUCUAAGUCGCAUCCGCAGAAGACGACGUAGCCUGAGCCAUAAACGUAGUAUAAGUGGCAAACGGAGCCGGAGUCACAAACGUAGUCCGAGCCAGAAACGAAGUUUAAGCCUUAAGCGUAGCCCGAGCUGCAAACGAAGCCUUAGCCGCAAAAGAAGUUUGAGCCGCAACCGCAGUGUUAGCAAUAGGCACAGUCCUUCUCCGACACCACUCGGCAAAUCACGUAGGGGUAGGAGUCAGUCACCUUCUUCGAGAAGAAGCUCAAGUCACAACAGGAGUGUAUCUCCUACCCCAAGAAGGAGUGAGAGCAGAAAAAGAAGCGAUUCUCAAGUUCAGCAGAAUACUUCAAGUAAAAGACGCAGUUGUAGUGUGAGGAAAUCCAGCCUGACAGGUAGUGUUAGUCGGAAAUUAAGUGAAAGCCCUGUACGUAGUUUCAGUGGAAAGCGAAGUUUGAGUCCAGAGCACAGUCCAAGUUGCAGCAGAAGCUCUGCUCGUCAAAAGACGGCAGAACAGAAAAGUUCCAGGUCUCAGAAGCAUCAAAGUGCACACAGUGAAAAGAACAACUCUCAUAAUACAAAAAGCCUUACACCAUGUAAGAAUUCUGUUGCUAGUGAAGAGCAAAGUAAGGAAACCAAUGGUGGGGAAAACGAGAAAAUUACCGAGAUCUUCAUCAAACAGGAAGUGCUAAGUGAGGAUGAAUCAGCUGAACCUACAAUCCAGGCUCUUACGUCACCAAACUCUUCAUGUUUUGGCGACACUAUUGGGGCAGUACCUAGUACUGCUAUUAAAGUAGAAAGUGCAGUGGAAGAUAUGAAGAAUGGUGAAAAGGUGGAAGUUAAUGGCACUUGCAAUACAGAUAAUCAGAACAGUGGUGGUGAUGCUGUUAAUGCAAAUACGUGUGAAAACCACAAUGCAGAAAGUGUACCUAUUAUGAGAAGAAAUAAUAAAUUGUUAGAUGAUACUGAAUGUGUUAGUCAAACUAAAAAGGUAGAACAUGAAGCAGAAAAUGCUAGUAAGGGAGAGCAACAGAGUGUACAAGAUGCUGCUGGAAAUGAGAACCAUGAUUCUAAUAAAGGGCUAUCUGCAUCAGUUGAAACUCCAUUGGCUGCAGUCAUAGCAACUAAUGAUACGAAACAAAGAGAGAAGGAUAUAAAAAAGGCAAAACGUAAGAAGAAUAAAACACAGUCUGUUGAAAAUCAGGAAGGUGGAGAACACAACAGGAAGCGAAAUAAAAGGAAGGAAGCAAAAAUACAGGGAAUAGUUGAUGCAGUUCAAGAAAAUGAAACUGCAUUAGUGGUGUGUAGAACUGAAACUGGCCAGGUUGUUGGGGACGUAUCUACAGUUGAAGUAGAUGAAAAGUGUAGUAUCAGUGUUGAAAAUCAGGGGUUAGUGACUGAAGAACAUCACAUCACAAAUGACCAGAGCAGUGAAAUAAUAAGUGGUACAAAGGAAGAAGGAAAACCAAUUCAAGAAUGUGGGAAGAGCACAGUGGAAGAAAAGAAACACAAAAGAAAUAAAAAAAAUAAGCGACAUAAGUGUGAGGAAGAUCGGAAAUGUGGUAGCGGAAUUAAAGAAGAGAAAUCUGAUGGACAGCUUGUAGGAGAAGCAGCAGAACAUAUGAGAACCAACAACUGUAGUGCAGUAGCCAACGCAGAGGGAGACAUACUGAAAGAUGGGCACAAGGAAAAGAAAAAAUCUGGAAAGCGCAAGAAAUCUAAGAAGGAAAAGAAGUCUAAGAAAGACAAAAAAAGAUCUACAAGCGAAGAGAAAAAACCAAAAAUUAUUUUGGAGCACAUCUUAAAUGAUGAAAAAGCUGUGGAAGAUGAAGAUAAAAUUCAGAUUGAUGAAGAACAUGAGGAGAAACAACAUGAAAGUAUUGAGGCUAUUGAAAAGAAUGUUAAUGUAGAACCAAAAACAGUAGAUGAAAAGACGCAACAAAAUAACGAACAAACAGAGGCUAACAUAACCAUUCCACAUGCAUCAGAGGAAACUUCUGAAGCAAUUACAGAAAGCAAAACUGUAGAGCUUGACAGUGUACCAUUAGAAUCUCAGAUGAUAGCAAAUGAAGAAAUAAAUAUGACAGAGCAUUCAUCUGAUACUACAACAAACACAUUUACAGAAGGUGUUCCAACUCAGGAAAAUGUCAAGUUGCCAGAGGAAGUUAAAAAAAGUGAUGAUGCUGUAACCAUUCAUGUGGAUGUAAUGUCAGACAGUCAAGAUGAAAAGAAUGGGGAUAAUGACCUUCCUGCUAAAGAUGCAGAGCAUCAAAAGACUGAAGAUUCUUGCAUUGAUGGGGAAGUUCUUGUUUGUGAAGACAGUUAUUUAGAUAGUUCUGGAACGAAUAAGGAUGAUAGUGAUAUAUUGAAGGUUGAUAGUAGUCCUGUGGAGCAGGAGGCUGAGAGAAGUGAUGAACAAAAAGAUGAAACUGUUGAUGGUAAAGAGGUUUCUGAGGACAGUAAAAUUAAUGAGGAGAAAGAAGAAGAUAAAGUGUGCAGUACAGAAAGAAAGCGCAGUAGAAGCAGAAGCAGCAAGCAUAGGAAAGAGAGUCGUAAACGCAGUGUCAGCAAAAAGAGAAGCCACAGUAGAAAGAGGAGUCGUAGUAGAAAGAGGAGCCGUAGCAGGAAGAGAAGUCGCAGCAGAAAAAGGAGUCACAGCAGAAAAAGAAGCCGCAGCCGUGGAAAAAGUGGGAAAAGUCGUAGGAAGUCACGUAGUCGCAGCCGGAAAAGGUCCUCUAGCAGAAGCAAGAAGAGAUCACGCAGCAAAAAGAGAUCAAGAAGCCGUAAGAGAUCGAGGAGUAGGAAGAGAUCGAGAAGCAGAAAGAGGUCACGUAGUAGAAAGAGGUCUCGUAGUAGAAGGAGAUCUCGUAGUAGGAAAAGAUCCCGCAGUAGAAGACGGUCCCGCAGUAGAAGACGAUCACGAAGUCGCAGAAGGUCUCCAAGUAGAAGCAGAAGCCGAAGGCGUAGCCAGUCACACAGUAGACGUGGAUCACGCGGUCGUAGACACAGGACACGCAGUAGAAGCCGAAGUCAUAGGAGAAGAUCACGCAGUCGGAGGCGAACCGUGAGCCGUAGUCGCAGCAGGCGACGAUCUCGCACUCGGAGUAGGCGAAGAUCACGGAGUCGAAAGCGACGCUCUAGGUCUCGAAGAAAAUCACGUUCUCAUAGCAAGGGUCAUAAGUCCAAACAUAGCCGAACUCGCAGCCGAAGCCAUAGUUGUAGCCGUAGUCGAAGCCAAAGUGGCACUGGAAGUGGAGACCGUAAGAAGAAACGUGAAGCUGAAUCAGAAUCUUCUAAUGAAGGUAAAAAUGUUGGCAAUGAAGACAGAGACAGCAAAGGUGGAAGUCCAGGUGGAGGAGGUGCUAGUGGUAGUGGCAGUGGCAGUGGGGCUGGCGGUGGGGGCUCUGAACCUGGGUCAGCUGGUGGUGGUAUAUCAGGUAAUGCAGAUACAAAUGAUAGUCACUCAUCUCCACCACAAAGGGAUUCACAGGCUCCAGCAGAUGAUCAAGAUGGGCAAGAUUCAAAAUGUAUCGAUGAUAAUGUGCAAACGGUUACUCCUCAAGAACCUGUUAAUGAUGCUCGUACAGUUGUUCCUCAAGAUCCUUUCAACACUGAACAUGGGAAAGAAAUGCCUUCCAAUGUACAUAGCCAAGAAAGACCUGAUCCCAACAGUAAGGAUGAAGAUGAUAGUAGUGAACACUGUGUAAGUGCUACUGGUAGCCAGUUUGUUACCGAUGACUGUAAUACAAAUAUGUUGAUCCACAGUAAAUGCUUACCAGGUAGGACACAGUUGGAAAUAAAUGAACCCCAGCACUUUGACGCCCAAGAAACUCUGAACUCUGAUGGAGAAGCACAUGCUAAGGAUGAAAAUGGUUCAUAUAUGGGGUGUUGUGAGGGAGCCAUAAUUGCUAAAUUUGAAAGCUCUUCUGAUGGCUCUAAGUGCAAUGCAAACUGCACUCAUGAUGCAAAGAAAAGUGAAGUGAGUGAUUGUUAUAUACCAAAACUGUCUAGUUCUGCACUGGAAAAUACCAUUAUGAGCAUUGAACAUACUGAUAAUGAAAGCAGCAACCUUUUAGACCCUAAGGCCAACUGUAAUGCUCACAUUAGUUCGAAUAAUGCUAUACCUGUAACCGAAAGCAGUGGGAACAAAUUUAAUUCAGAAAAUCAGUGUCAGGAAGAUUUAGGGGUUGUAAGAUGUGAUGGUGGAGAAAAUUAUGAACAGAAUAAUCUUGCAGCUGAAGUUGUUGGUAAUGAACAGAGAAGUUGUAGUGAUAAUACAUUAUUGUUAAUUUCACAUACUUUGACAGGACAGUUGGACAAUAAUUUGAACAGAAUGGAAUGUUCUAAUGAUUGUAUUAGGGAAGUAGUUGAUGAUGAAGAAGAGUGUAUUAGUAUUGCAGCCAGCUAUGAAGGAAUAUUAGAAAACACAGAUGAGAUGGAAUCUAUUGCUUGUGAUGACCAGCCUGAAAUGGGAGAAAGAAAUUUUGAAGGUGAACAGAAAAAGACCGAAAAUUGCCAGUCUAACCUAAAAAAUUCAGAACUUUUGGAGUGCAUUAAAUCUGAUCAAAAUUCUCCACCAUCAGCAGGUCAGAGUGAAGUUAAAAAGAGUCAUAGUGCUGAGAAUGAAAAAUCUGCAGGUAGCAGUGAAAAAAGAAAUACUGCCCACAUAGAUGAUAAGACUUGCAGCAAAGACAAGAAAGAGAAGAGCAAAGAAAGCAAAUGUCAUGCAAAGUCAGCAAAAAGAAGUAGGAGUGAAAGAAGUCAUAGUAGUAGCAGAAAGAAAUCAAAUAGGAGAAGUAAAAGCCACAGUAAGGACAGAAAAAGUAGUAAAGACAGAAAGAGAAGUGAAAGCAAAAAUUGUAAAAGAAGCAAGCACAGUAGCAAAAGCAGGAGCCACAGUAGGGAUCACAGAAGGCGCAGAAGCAGGAGUAACAGCAAAGAUCGAAAAGGCAGUGGAAGCCGGAGUAUAAGUAGAAGUGAAAGCAAAAAAAGCAGUAAUGAGAGCAAAAGCAAAGAAAGGAAAGAUGCAAAGACCAAAACAAAAAAAAUAGAAGCAGACUCUAAGGAUGAAGAUUCUUGUAAAGUAGAAAGUACUAAUAAAGAAAGUGAGGCAAGUGAUAAUUUAUUAACAACUAAAACACAGGGCACUAAGAUUUUGCAAGAACAAAAUAAUACCUCAGGACAGGGCACUGCUGCAGCUGCAGGAGUCAUUGGCUCAGUUGACAGUAUUAUAGAGAAAACUAGCAGCGAGGAAAACAGUGAAACUCCUCACGAUCAACUCGUAAGUGAUACGAAUGAGAAGUUUAAUGCCAUUACUGCAAGUGUAGAAAACUGCAUUCAAGAUGAGAAGAACUUUUGUGAGGAAAUAGACUGUGUUACUGAAAUUGAAGAAAAAGAAUGUGAGGCCAAAGAGAAGAAGAAUAACGAAGAAAAACAAGACAAUGAGAAUGAAGAUGCAAGCAAGAGUUGUAGUAAGAACAGAAGUCAUAGCAAGGAUAAAACUACUGACAAAGAGAACAAAGAGAGCAAGACAGAGGAAAAUAACAACAGUCACAAUGAGGUAGAGAGGAAGGCCAAUAAAGAAAGGAAGAAGAGUGAGAGUCACAGCAAAGAAAGAAAGAGAAGUAAGAGUUGCAGUAAAGAAAGAGAAUCCAACAAAAAUAAUGACAAGGCAAGGAAAAAAAGCAGGAGCCGCAGCAAAGAGAAGAGGAAGAGAAGGAGUAAGAGUCAAAGCAAGGAGAGGGGGAGGAGCAAAAGUAGAAGUAGGGAGAGAAGGAAGAGGAGCAACAGUCACAGCAAAGAGAGGAGGAAGAGCAAAAGCCAAAGCAAAGAAAGGAAGAAGAGCAAGAGCCGUAGCAAAGAAAGAAAGAGAAGCCGUAGCCGCAGCAAAGAGAGGAGGAAGAGAAAAAGUAAAAGCCACAGCAAGGAGAGGAAAAGGAAGAGCAGAAGCCGAAGUAAAGAUAGAAGGAAGAGAAGCAAGAGCCGCAGCAGGGAAAGGAAGAGAAGCAAGAGCCGCAGCAAGGAGAGGAAGAGAAGCAAGAGCCGCAGCAAGGAGAGGAAGAGGAGCAAAAGCCGCAGCAAGGAGAGGAAGAGAAGCAAAAGCCGCAGCAAGGAGAGGAAGAGAAGCAAAAGCCGCAGCAAGGAGAGGAAGAGAAGCAAGAGCCGCAGCAAGGACAGGAAGAGGAGCAAGAGCCACAGCAAGGAGAGGAAGAGGAGUAAGAGCCGCAGCAAGGAGAGGAAGAGGAGCAAGAGCCGCAGCAAGGAGAGGAAGAAGAGGAGCAAGAGCCGUAGCAAGGAAAGGAAGAAGAGUAAAAGCAGCAGCAAGGAGAGGAAAAGGAGCAAGAGCUGUAGCAAGGACGUGAAAAGCAGGAGUCUUAGCAAGGAGAAAAGUAGCAAAAACGAUAGUAAAGAGAAGAAGAGAAGCAGUAGUUGCAGCAAGGAAAGCAAGAAAAGAAAGCGCAGAAGUAGAAGUAAUGAAGAGAAAAAGCGCAGGAGGAGGAGGUCAAGGUCUCGUUCAGGGCUACAUAUAGAUAAGAAAAAACUGCUCGAAAUUGCAAAGCAGAAUGCUAUGGCCAUGUUACAGAAGGAGGUGAUGUUAAGUUCUGUCAUAAACCAUGGGAAAAUAGUGGCAAUGCAAGCUGGUGGCAAGAGUGUAGCUGAAUUGACAGAUUUUUGUAAGAAAUUAUCAGAAAAAGAGGCUCGACAGAACCUGCAUUCGAGUAAUACGGACACGGACUCGGAGAAUGACACUGACUUGGAACGUCCAUAUCAUCAUCCAUUCGAACUUAAGCAACAGCCCUUACCUUCCUACUACAACUCAUCCAAGGGUUUGAUGUCUUUGAAGCAGAAGCAGUUGCCUGAGCCACCCAAGUUAUUAAGUAUAGAAUUUCCUAGUAUUCCACGUAAUGCAGAGAAUGAAUGGGUCCCUGUGUCACCGAAGGCUGCAGAUGUUGCUGGUCCCAACAUCCCCGACGAGAAGUCGCACAGUGGUCAGACAGCUAAGGGUGAAGUGUCUCCCAGCCAGAACUGUCCAUCUGAGGUUCAGAAUGAAAAGAGCACCAUCAUCAGCAGUGACAGCACCAUCGCUACUGGCACCACCAUCAGCAGCGAUAGUCCUCAACUCGGCAACAGCUUCGAGGGGGGUCGGUUGGGGGAAGCAGAGCGAGCACAGAGAGAUAUGCGGCCUGCGAGCUGGCGUCUCACCUGGAGGACAACAGCAGCUAGCAGUCAUCAGAUCACUCGUCCCAUCACAGCAUCCGAGAAUGUGCAGUCAUCAAAACUUAAAAUAUCAGUCAGAUCUGAACUGAAAGACACAGUGAGAAAGGAUAAACUUCAGUCAUCAGGCCAUGCUGCAGAUAUGGUAUUGAAAUCAGAUGAUGUGCAGAUUCAGGAGAAGCACCUGGAUCCUAACACAGGUGGAGUAGAACAGGACGUUUUGGCAUUAAAUGAACUGUGUGUAAAAUGUCAGUGGAAACCACCAGAAUUUGAGAGCUGCCCCACCACUGGAAACGAGCACAUUUUCAAAGUGUGUGUAAAUGGACAGGAAUUCAAGUCGGCAGUUGCCAGUAACAACCAAAAUGCGGCCAAAGCAGAUGCUGCCCGUGUAUGUCUUGAAUCCAUGUGCCGAACAUUGGCAGACAAUGCACUUCUGCAUUAGUGGCAUGCAGAUGAUAAGGUUUCUUGAAGCCUGAUCUUUAAAAGUUGGUUUCAGAUAAAGCAUGUAACAUAAACAUGUAUAUAUACACAUACUGAGUACUGUGUAUCUCAUCAUGAUGCUAAUAAUUAUCAGGAUUGUGACUUUCGAAAUGUACAUUAAAGUGUGCAUUCCUUUAUCAUU